UGCUCUAGGAGGAUGUAGAACCCCUGACCUCUGUCUGGACAGUUCUGAUUGGCCCUGUGCUGAUCACAUGCACUCUCCAAGGAAAAAAAAAAACCUCUACAGGAAUACACACCAAACUGAGCAUGUGCAGAGUGACUCACAUGAUAUGUCUUUUCAGGAGAUACAGUCAGGGAGGAUCAGAGAAGUGAGGAUCAAACAGCGGUUUUACACAAUGCACAGGACUAACCCCUUCGGUUCCACAGUGAGUAUAACAAGCAUACUUUACUGCAUAUACAGACUGAUUUUACUAUUGUGUGUU